CUCGUCACGGAAACGCUUUGUCACGCUAACCCAAGCCAGACAGUCGAGGCCGUCAACACUUUCAACAACCCUUAAGAUCAACGCAGUGAGCAUCGUUUCUUACUGUUCGGGCGUGGAAUGUAUGCUGGAGGAAGUUGCGAUGCUGCUGGGAAGUCGAAAGAGACUUUGAGAAAGAAUCCAAGGCUGGAUGUCGAAGUCGCCGGACGGAUGAUGCACUACUCCUGAACUAGUGAGCCUAUUCGUCCCGACCCUUUACUGAUCACUUUGCACUAGAUGGCUCGCAGCAAAGAGCUCGUCGUCGGCGUCGGACGGUUGUCCCGCUCGCAAGUCUUCGCUCGCCGCGGCCUCUUCAAGGGCCAGAAAAAAUCAGAGAAGCCGGCUGCUGCUGAGGCCGCUCCCACCAAGGAGGUGCAGGUUGGCGGUGCCAACAACGGCAGCACUCGUCUCGUCCCCACUCAAAAGGCGGCACGCUUCUACCCUGCUGAGGACGUUCGCCGGCCCAAGAAGAAUCGCAAGAACCCCAAACCCGCCAAGCUUCGGACAUCCAUCACCCCCGGUACCAUUCUCAUCCUCCUUGCUGGCCGCUUCGCAAGCAAGCGUGUCGUUUUCCUGAAGCAACUGGAGAGCGGGCUGUUGCUGGUUACCGGCCCACACAAGGUUAACGGUGUCCCUCUCCGUCGGGUCAAUCAGGCGUACGUUAUUGCCACCUCCACCAAGGUCGAGCUCGGCGACUUCAAGGUGCGAAGUCAUCAAAACAUUCUCGUAUGAUUGGAGUUCUCACACGGAAAUCUGGAUAGGUUGACGAGAAGAUCAACGAUGCUUACUUCGCUAAGCCAACUUCCAAAGGCAAGAACUCAGCGGAGGAGGAGUUUUUUGAUGACGGAAAGCCCAGGGCGAAGGAGGCACUCCCUGAGUCCAGGGUUGCUGAUCAGAAGGCCGUUGACUCUGCAGUCAUUGCCGCGGUCAAGAAGACCGAGUACCUUUCUAAAUACCUUCGGGCAAGCUGGGGUCUAUCAAAGGGUCAGUUCCCUCACCAGCUGACCUUCUAAACAUAGAAGUGUACAUCUCAGGAGUGAGACGGCUGGAGAAGCUAGGCUGGUGGGGGCUAGUUUGGGAGAGAGGGCUCUUCGCUGUUUUUAUGAUAUGCUUGUAGCACCAUAUGGUUUUUCUUCCCUCUUGCGACCCGACAUGCCACCUCCACCAAUGCAUACCAUAUUCAUUUCAUAUAGCUG